UACAUCUAGCUUAGCACAGAAGGACAUACUUACCUUGGAGAGUGUGGGUGAGAUAUACACAGUACUGUUGGACCUGAAGGCAGAUGGCCCUUCUUCAGGCUAAUAAAGAUCUCAUUUCCACAGGAAUGAAGGAAUUUAAUGUUCUGCUGAAUCAGCAGGUUUUCACUGAUCCUCCUAUCUCUGAAGAAGCCAUGGUGACUGUGGUAGAUGACUGGGUGAACUUCUACAUCAGCUAUUACAGGCAACAGGUGACGGGAGAACAGCAAGAGCAGGACAGGGCUCUGCAGGAACUUCGGCAAGAGCUGAAUACUUUGUCUACCCAUUUUCUGGCCAAAUAUAGGGCCUUCCUAAAGUCCUUAUGAGCAUCCAAAUCACCCACUGCUUUUCUCCUCACUCGGAGACCUAGGCCUGCAUCUGUAAGAAAUCCUUAAAUUCUGCCUCUGUAUUCUUUAAGUUCUCAGGCUCUGUUCCUUUUGGGUGUUACUCUGUCUUGGCACCUCAAUAAAGAACAACAUUGGUUUU